AGCACUUGGCUCCAGGCGGACGGGGCGCUGUCCUUGCCCUGCCUCCAUCUUGGCCCUCGCCCGCCCUCCGCCUCCGCCCAGCCUCUCCGACCUUGCCAUUGCCGCCCUCUGCCCUCGCGCUCACAUGCCGCCUGCAGCAGCGGCCGCCGACGUCGCAUCGCCCCUUGGGCCGGCCUGCCUCCUGGCUCGCUGCUGCAGCACCGCCCGAGCCGCACCGCACGCAGGUGGCCGUCGCGGCGCGGGCGCUGCGGCGCCGCCCAGCUGCGGCGCUGGGUUGGCGUUGCCUGCCCUCGGCGGCAUGGCCGCUUGCGCCGUGCGCCGGUGCUGCGCGAGGCCCGCCCGGGCGAGCCGGGUGGCCCGCGCGGCAGCGAGAGCCCCUGCGCCCCGGCAGAGGGCAGGGCCGCAAAGCCAGAAGGCAGCCGCAGGGCCCCACGUCUCCGCGGCUUACCUGCUAAGGCAGAGGCGCCUAAGCGAGAAGCGCGCCAAGAGCGCGCAGGAGGUGGAGCGCGAACGCCGAUGGGAGCAGUCGAUGCGGGAGAAGGCCCAAGCAGAUACUCGGUCGCGCUCAAGGCGGGUGGAGGCAGACAGGCGCUGCUUCCCCGAGCCGAAGAGCCAGAGUUACCCGACCUGCGUCGCCACGUGGCACGCCAAGUUCAAAUGCCUCAGCAGCGGGGACUUCUUCGAGCUUGCCGCCGACGAUCCCGACAUCCUCCCUGCCUACUACGAGCAGGCUGCCCUCGAGUCGAUCAUGGACGAGGAGGACCCGAUCGUGCCGCAGGCGGCCCAGCUGCUCCACGAGGCUCUCCGCGUGCACCCAGCCGCCCCCGCAGCGCCCAGGCCGUGGCGCGUGGUGGACCUCGGGUGCGGCAGGGCCACCUUGGCGACAGAGCUGGCCGCGCUGCCAUGGCCCGCGGGGCGAGCGCCGGCCGUGACGUCGGUGGAUGCCGCGCCCCUGGCGCCCGGCGUCGAGGUGCACAACAUUGGUGAGCUGCCCGCCAACUGGGCCGGCCGCUUCGACGUGGCCGUGCUCUGCCGGGCGCUCUGGGGCACCGACUACCGCGCGACGCUGGGCGAGGCUCGGCGCGUCCUGAGGCCCAGCGCCGAGGCAAGGCUGCUAGUCGUGGAGCCAUUCAGGCGAUGGUGGGGCAAAGACAAGUCUCGCCCGCAGGAGAACAUACUGCCAGGGGAGCUGCAGGCAGCCGGGUUCCGCCUUGAUGCCAGCCUGUGCUCUAACACCGAGCUGCCAGCACCGGGCGCCGACGGGGAAGGGCGUCCUGCAGAUCGCAUGGAGGGGGUCUUCCAGUACAUCGUGGCCCAGCUGUCAUGAACCCUGCGCUAAUCUUGCCAGGAGGGGAAAAAACACACAGACACAGGUAAUCGUCGAUUCCCCCGGAAAGUAUGGGAAGUUAUGGGAAGUGGGGCGAAUACGGAAACCCAG